CGAAGACAGCUCUCGCAUCAGAUAAAAGCAACAUUGCUGAAAAGGUCUGCACCUGCACUCGUAUACUUUAACUUAUUCGACCCAUUAACUAUCUAUACAUCCAAUUAUAGGAUUCAUGAUGCCUUCCCAAAGAGUAAUUCUCGUUACCGGCGCCUCAGGGGGCAUUGGUCGUGCUUCGUCCAUCGCUCUCUCCAACACUUUCCCUUCAACUGCCCAACCUGAACAGCUUGUUCUUGUUCUAGUCGGCCGAAGGCAAGCAGAACUUGAGGAGACGGGAAGGCAAUGCAGGGAUGGAACAUUGAUAGAAGUGGCCACCGGAGAUGCUAGCAAUGAGGAAGAUGUAAAGAGGAUUUUUGAAACGGUGAAAUCCAAAUAUGGUCGACUUGACGUCUUAUUCAACAAUGCCGGUAUCAACGACAAAUCCCCAGGAGAGUUUGAAGACCAGGAUAUGGACGUGUUCCGAAAAGUAUUGGACAUCAAUAUCAUGUCUGCUGUCCUCUUCACGAAAUACGCUUUCCAUCUCAUGAAGGCCCAAGAACCUCAAGGUGGUAGGAUUAUCAACAAUGGUAGCAUUUCUGCGACAAGUCCCCGUCCCAACAACACCGCUUAUACUCUUUCUAAACACGCCAUCCAUGGUCUUACGCGCUCAACAUCCCUUGAUGGGCGAAAAUACCAUAUCACAUGCACUGAGUUGGACAUCGGUAACGCUGCCACCGAUUUAGGAUCACACGUGACGGCUGGAUCACUUCAGGCAGACGGCACGAAGAAAGUUGAGCCCGUGAUGCACGUGGAUAAUGUGGCUAAAACGGUAGCAUUCAUUGCGAGUCUUCCUGCAGAGGCAGACAUAUUAAGCUUGGAGAUUAUUGCGUCUGGUAUGCCUUAUGUUGGACGAGGUUAAGUGGUGGGUUGUGAUCAGUGAUGGGAGUCUAUAUGUCUGCUCGCGCUUCUGUAUAUAUGAUAGUUUUUUUCAUGCCAAGUGUAACAUCG